GAUGUUUACAUUGUUAGCACUUCCGCAGGUAGCAGGCGGAUGUUUCCCCGGGCAGGUUUAACUAUUAGUAGUAGUUUUAUAAGGUUUUCUAAAUCUGUUCCGUUAAACCGUUUGUGUGACGUCUCCAGAAAUAGACAGAUGCCCAAAAAAGAGAAAGCGGUGAAAGGACAGCCGGCUGCCGCUCGAGCAGCACAGGAAGCUUCUUGUCCGGUGGCCCGAGACAAAAGUGGAGCUGUUACCAUAACGGUGCACGCCAAGCCCGGCUCCAAACACAGCGGCAUCACAGACGUUUCUGCGGAGGCGGUGGGAGUUUCCAUCGCAGCUCCUCCGACAGACGGAGAGGCCAACACCGAGCUCAUCCGUUUCCUGGCUGAAGUUCUGGAACUGAAGAAAAGUCACAUAUCUCUUGACAAGGGGUCCAGGUCCAGAGACAAACUCAUCAAAGUGGACUCCUCUCUCAGUCCGGAGGAGGUGUUGAGGAGGCUCAGACAGGCUGCAGGCUGACUGCAGGAGGUGGACGGAGGCUGAAACAUGCUACUGCAGAAAUGCAGGAGGACAGAGGAGGAUGGAGGAGGUGGGAGGAGGGGUUCACAGCUGGACCAGUAUGGCUAUUGGUACAACCUGAACAAAAACCAGAACAUCACCAUGGAAACGGACUGAUCCACCAACCAACCAGCAGUGAGCAGGAGGUGUUUCCAUCCCUGGACCUGCUGUCUGUCCUACUGGAGACUGGAUAUGAUGUUUGACUCAUGUAAAAGUGUUUUUUUAUUUGGGCU